AUGGACGGCCUACUAAAAGUUCCCGAGGUUGUCAUUAAUAUUGCAUCAUUUUUGCCCACUACAGAUUAUUUAAGUUUUCAACAGGUAAAUAAACAGGUUCAUGAUUCAGUUCUUCAAGGUGAGAAUGAUUCAAAGUACUGGUCGUUGAAGUUAACCAGAAUGGGCCUUCAAAUGGUCCACUCGCACGACACAGAAGAUAGUAAAUUAUUGAACGACAAUGAUAACGAGGAUCCUAUAGCAAUAUUCGAGGUAUACAAAUCUUUCACUUCUCAAGAAUCCAAAAAAAUCUUUGCAAAAUUUUACCAUUGUUAUAAUUCAUUUGCUAAAAAACUGUACAACAACAACCUAGCUAAUUUCUUUCCAAAUUCAUACUCCAACGAUCCAUUGAAACAAAUAAAAACUCUAAAUUUCAUCAAACGCUACAAUUUAUCAAACAGAAAUGAUCUGAAAACAUAUAGUAAGAUAGAUACGAACUUUAACAUCCUUAGAGAAAUCUUUAUAAACUCUGUUCUCAAAGAAAUUGAAUUAAAUUACCAGUCCAACGAUUUAGUCACAGUGGCGCGCUUUAUUAAAGUCUUACUGGUAUCAAAUGAGGAAAACAAUGCUAUCGAAUUUUUCAAAUCGAAAGCAGAUUUACCUCCUAGUUUAACAGUUUUACCUUCCAAUGACGAACUGUUUUUGAGAGAGCAACCCCAAAGAGGGGAAGAUAGUAAAAGUACAGACAUCAUUAAUCCUGAGACUUUGGACAAACUUCUCGACCCAUUAAGAGAUUUUCUUAAUGAAAAGAUCAAAUUAGCCGACAUCCUAUUCCAAGAGGAAUUUCCUGUAAUUUUACAGUUAGUUGAAUCUUUUAUUCAGGAUGUUUUACUGGACAUUCUAAAUAACAUUCUAUCAAAUUAUAGCGGGUUUUUGAAAUCAAACGAUAAAGAUUCCAAGGCAAAUUAUGAAUGUUUACCACAGCUUUAUUUUACGUUUAUAAAGAAAUUUGGUACCGAAUUAAAUGAUUCUGUCAACGCAGGUUCAACUUUUCGUAAGGUUGCUCACGAAUUUUUAGACCUGUAUCUGGAGCCCUUUGUUGUCAACUAUUUAAAUCAAACAACUAGAGUCUUUGAAUCACUGAUUAGUUCACAGUUAGUUAAUUACGAUAUCCAAUUUCAAGACAAAGAACGAGAGCAGAAUGAAAAAAUUUAUAACUCUCUGAAAGAUCAAACAGAUACUACGAGCACAAACAAUAACGAUUCAUCAAAUAGCCAUUCAACAACAAUAAUUUCGGCAACUACACCAGAAGCAGAACCAAAGUUAAAGACACCACCACAAUCGGUGCACUCAACUAAUAACAUAUCUGAUGAUAAACUGGAUUUUUUAAGUUCCUUUACUAAGAUCUUCAAAUUUUCCAAUAACGAAAAUCAAAAACUAAAACAACAACUACAAUUAGCAUAUAAUUUGAAUUUGAUCUCUAAUAAUCUACAAAAUAUUAAAUCGCUGAUAAGUCUUGACCUUUGUUACAAAAUUCUACACGAGACAAGCGAAAAGACAGAUGAAAUCUAUAGAUUUCAUACGAUGGAAAAUUUGUUACCGUUAAUUAAGUUGCGAUGUCAAGAGAUUUUUAAAAUUUUGAUUACCCAAUUGAAUAAAAAUCACGUUAAACCUGCUUUUGAGAAGGCGAUUAUGCUACUACAAAAGUAUAAUCCCAAUGAGUUAGAGCAAAUAGAAAUAAAGUUUGAUUCACUUUCACCGGGAAAUAGUCGGGUAGAACCGUUGGUACAAUUUACUGAGCUGAUCAAUAUAGGUGACAUCAUAUUACAAAUGAUUUCCAUUUUUUACAAAAACGAACUAAUUCCUAAGAAGAUUAUCGACAAGAACAAAGAUUUCCUCAAUGAUGUUAUCCAAUCAAAAAAAAAUUUUGAAACUUCUAUUGAUGACUUUGUAGCAGAAGGGUUAAAUAUUGGUAUAAACAAACUAAUGGAUGAAAUUUCAUUCGUUUUCAAGACUCUACAGUUACCUGACGACUACAACCCACCGCCCCCUUCCACAAAUUCACCAAUACGGGAUAUAAAACCGACAAAAUGUGCUAUUAGGGUCGUUGAGUUACUUUCUAAUCAUUGUUUCCUAUUGACUGGGGCGACCGAUAAGGGUACCAUUGAUGUCUACCAACAAGAAAUCGGUGAAAGAUUUUUCAACGAGAUCGUAAAACAUUUGAAAAAAAGCUUUAUAUCUACAGAAGGCGCUAUUUGGUUGAUCUGUGAUCUAAAUUACUUCUAUGAUUUUAUUGCCAAUAAAUUAAAACAAAAAAACGUUGUACCUUAUUUUGUUGGAUUGAAAUCUAUUGGGCAAUUGUAUAUCAUAUCCGGAAAGGACUCGAAAGAGCUAGGGAAGUUAAUUUCCGACCUUGGGAAAUUCAAUGGAAUUUUCACGCAAGAAGAAAUAUAUGAGUUUGUUCAAAGAAGAAGCGAUUGGGUUCGUGUACGAAAAGACGUUGAAAAGGUGAUGUAUGGUCUCGGCAUACGUGAUUGCUGCAUUAUGUAA